AUGGCAGCAGAAGUGCAACUAUGGAUAGCCGAGUGCGAAAAAUGCAACAGACGAAAAACACCCGUCCCAUCUCAAAAGGCACCCAUGCAGAGCAUAGAAAUUGGACAACCGAUGGAACUGUGGGCUAUGGACGUAUUAGGUCCACUUCCCAUGACUGCACGGGGGAACCAGUACAUCUUGGUUAUGUCCGAUCACUUCACCAAGUGGGUAGAGGCGGUGCCAAUGCCCAAUCAACGUGCCGAGACGGUAGCUAAGGCCUUCGUUAACGAAGUAGUGACUCGACAUGGAGUCCCAAGUAAACUUCUAACCGAUCAAGAAAGGAACUUCGAGGCCGAUCUCAUGAAGCAAGUGUUCAGUCUCCUCGGUGUGCGAAAACUAAUAACUUCGCCGUACUAUCCCCAAACGGACGGACAGGUGGAGAGAAUGAAUCGCACGUUGAAGGGAAUUCUGACAGCUUAUGUAAAUAAGGACCAUAAUGAUUGAGACGAUCACUUACCACUGGCCUUGUUUGCAUAUCGUAACAGUGUGCAUUCCUCGUCUGGAGUUUCACCUUUCAAGGCAAUUUAUGGUCGCGAAGCCACUACACCGCUGGUACUUAUGAACACCGAAACUGAAGUUAAGGAACAGUUUAUUUCAAAUUACUGUGAUGAACUGGAGAAGACAUUGAAGGACGUACAUCGCAGCAUCAAAACGAACAUCGACGUGGCACAAAGUAAGCAGAAGAAAGGGUACGACGAACAUAAUAACGUUGACCGAAGUACAUCGCUAAAGGAAGGGGAUCGGGUGUGGCUCAAUAACAAAGCUGUACCAAAGGGUUUGAGCCGAAAAUUCCAUUCACCGUGGACCGGGCCUUACGUAGUAAUCAAGAGAUUGGGCAAAGUAAACUACCAUAUCAAGCCGGGGUCUGGGAACGGUAAGACGAAAAAGUGGUACAUCGCAAUCGACUUAAGCUAG